AUGGGACACUUUGGUGUGGCCAAAACACUUCAAGUCAUGCGUGAUCACUUUCAUUGGCCGCACAUGAUCAGAGAUGUGGAGAGGAUUUGUUCUAGAUGUGCAACUUGUAAACAAUCCAAAUCUAAGGUUCAACCUCACGGUUUGUACACUCCUCUCCCUAUUCCAUCUCAUCCCUGGACUGAUAUAUCCAUGGAUUUUGUGCUUGGAUUGCCUAGGACUAGAACUGGAAAAGAUUCUAUCUUUGUGAUAGUUGAUAGGUUCUCAAAAAUGGCUCAUUUUGUAGCAUGUCAUAAGACUGAUGAUGCAUCUCAUGUAGCUGCUCUGUUCUUUAAAGAGAUUGUUAGAUUGCAUGGCAUGCCGCGCACCAUUGUUUCUGAUCGUGAUACAAAGUUCCUGAGUUAUUUUUGGAAAACUUUGUGGUCUAAGUUGGGUACUAAGCUUUUGUUUUCUACUACUUGUCACCCUCAAACUGAUGGCCAAACUGAAGUUGUUAAUAGAACUCUUGGAACUUUGUUGCGCGCCUUGAUUAAAAAGAAUCUUAAAAGUUGGGAUGAAUGUUUGCCACAUAUUGAGUUUGCAUAUAACCAUGCUGUGCAUUCUGCUUCUAAGUUUUCUCCUUUUGAAAUUGUUUAUGGGUUUAAGCCCAUCUCUCCUUUGGAUUUGAUGCCUUUGCCUUUGAGUGAAAGAUUAAGCACAGAUGGAAAGCACAAGGCAGAAACAGUCAGGAAGAUCCAUGAGCAGGCCAGAAGGAACAUUGAGGCUAAAACCAAGCAGUAUGCUCAACAAGCCAACAAGGGCCGAAAGGAAAAUGAACCAGAUUUGAGGACAAAUCCUUUUCAAGAGGGAGGGGAUGAUAUGAUCAUGGAGGAGGUUGCUAGGAACUUGGACCAGGAAGCAGCUGGAGAGCUUGUAGCUGAGGAGGAGCAGCUUGAACCUGAGGAAGCUUUGGAGCUUUGA